UUUUAUGCCUACUGUUGAGUGACGUCAUCAAUAUUGGUUGUGAACGUAUACCAUACGAAGGAAAAUGGCGGCCUCCAUGAAGUGUUUACCUUACAAAAGUCUAAACUAGAUUUUUGCUGUUUAUAAUUGACUGUAGCCAUGUCUGCGAUCGAAACCUGGGUGAAUGAUAAAUUACACGAUAUUCUUGGAAUAUCAGACAAGUAUAUUGCUCAGUAUUUGAUCGGACUUGCGCAGAAGUCGAAGUCCUCAGAAGAAUAUAUUCAGAAACUAAAAGAUACGGGAACUAUCGAUGUCGAUGAAAAUGUAGCUGUUUUUUCAAGUGAAUUGUGGCAUAAGAUACCACAUGCAGCAGUGAAGGAGAGUUCAAGUAAAGCACAUGCUAGAACUGUGCUAGAACAACAACAGAAAAAUCAAAGUUAUCAGCUCCUAUCCGAUGAUGAUGAAGAUGAUGACGGUCCGGAAAAGUUUAUUAAGCCUUCAAAGAGAUCAAAAUCAGACAAGAAGGGUCGUCACCUCAGGAAAAGGAAAGAAGAAAGCAGUUCUGAAAGUGAUGGGGAGACAGUGAUACAACGUAAACGAGGUCGUAGAGAGGAACCGGCUGCUGUAGAAAGUUCGGAAGAUGAGUACGAGAAGAUAGAAGAUGAUAGACAGAAGGAUUUAGAGGAGAGAGAUGCAUUUGCUGAUAGACUGAAGGAGAAAGAUAAAGAUAAACAGCGUAAUGUCAUGUCGAAAUCUGAGAAAAAGGCUUAUGAAGAAGCAACGAAAAGGUUACAUCUAGAAACUGAAGACAGAAAGAAGAUCAUUCCAGAAAUACGAAAGAAAUCUCGACGAGAUUACUUAAAGAAACGUCAUGUAGACAAACUAGAGGAAUUAGAGGCAGAUGUUCUAGAUGAGGAAUAUCUGUUUGGUGAUCAAAAACUGAGUGAGAAAGAGAAGAGAGAGUUAGAGUAUAAGAAGAAGGUGUUACGGUUAGCCAAGGAACAUAAAUCAGCUGGAGAUAUGGAGAAAGUUAACAGAUAUUUUAUACCUAAAGAAGAUGAUAAACCUUCAGAUAAAUACUUCGAGGAAGAUGGUCCAAAAGGGCCUAAUUCUGAACAGAUGAAAUGGGAGGAGGAACAUGUGGGUGCAGCAUUGAUGUCAUUUGGUGCUAAAGAUUCCAAACAGAAAGCUAAAGAGAAAAAUAAAGUAAAAGAGUAUGAUGUCAUAAUGGAUGAAGAAAUAGAGUUUGUACAAGCAUUACAAAUGCCUGGUACUAUAACAGAAAAGGGAGAAAAAGAACAAAAGCUGUCAGAAUCACAAAAGAAGAAAUUAUCAAUAAAAGAAACACAGAGAAGUUUACCAAUAUAUCCGUUCAAACAAAGUUUAUUAGAGGCAGUUGAACAGUUCCAGGUGUUAAUUAUUGAAGGAGAGACCGGGUCAGGGAAAACUACACAAAUACCUCAAUAUCUUUAUAAAGCUGGUUAUUGUAAGGAUGGUAUGAAGGUGGGAUGUACACAACCUAGGAGAGUGGCAGCAAUGUCUGUAGCAGCUAGAGUGGCAGAGGAAAUGGGAUUCAAACUAGGAAAUGAGGUUGGAUACAGUAUAAGAUUUGAGGAUUGUACAUCAGAGAGAACUGUGGUAAAAUAUAUGACAGAUGGUAUGUUGCUGAGAGAGUUCCUUAGUGAACCAGAUCUCAAGGGAUAUAGUGUGCUGAUAAUAGACGAGGCUCAUGAGAGAACUCUACAUACAGAUGUUCUGUUUGGACUGGUGAAAGAUAUUGCAAGAUUUAGACCAGAUCUUAAACUCCUUAUCUCUAGUGCCACACUAGAUGCUGAAAAAUUUUCACAGUUCUUUGAUGAUGCUCCAGUAUUUAGAAUACCAGGUAGAAGAUUUCCUGUUGAUAUUUAUUACACCAAGGCACCAGAAGCUGACUAUAUAGAUGCAGCAGUGGUGUCAGUAUUACAGAUACAUUGUACACAAGAUGAAGGUGAUAUUCUAGUGUUCCUUACUGGACAAGAAGAAAUAGAAACAGCAAGUGAAAUGUUAACUGAAAGAACUCGAAAGCUGGGAUCAAAGAUCAAGGAGUUAAUAAUAGCACCAAUCUAUGCAAACCUACCAUCAGACCUACAAGCUAAAAUAUUUGAUCCUACCCCUCCAGGUGCUCGUAAAGUUGUGCUAGCUACAAACAUUGCUGAAACAUCAUUAACUAUAGAUGGUAUAAAAUAUGUGUUAGAUCCGGGAUUCUGUAAACAGAAUAGUUAUAAUGCUAGAACAGGCAUGGAAUCACUGGUUGUCACACCCGUUUCUAAGGCAUCAGCAAAUCAGAGAGCUGGACGUGCAGGACGUGUCUCAGCUGGAAAAUGUUUUCGUCUUUACACAGCAUGGGCGUAUAAAAAUGAACUUGAAGACAAUACAAUACCAGAAAUUCAGAGAACUAAUCUUGGAAAUGUUGUCUUGUUACUUAAAAGUUUAGGAAUAAAUGAUCUCAUACAUUUUGAUUUUAUGGACCCACCUCCACAUGAAACACUUGUGUUAGCUCUAGAACAGUUAUAUGCCCUAGGGGCACUAAAUCAUAAAGGGGAGUUAACUAAACUUGGAAGAAGAAUGGCAGAAUUUCCAGUUGAUCCGAUGCUAUCAAAAAUGAUCCUUGCCUCAGAAAAGUACAAAUGCUCAAAGGAGAUACUUACAAUCACUGCAAUGUUGUCAGUGAACAACUCCGUCUUCUACAGACCAAAGGAUAAAGUUGUACAUGCCGACACUGCCCGUCAAAACUUCUUCCUGCCCGGAGGUGACCACAUUACCUUAAUGAAUGUUUACAAUCAGUGGGAGGAAACUGGACAUUCUACUCAAUGGUGCUUUGAAAAUUUCAUACAAUAUCGGUCUAUGAAGCGUGCUAGAGAUGUACGUGACCAGCUGGAAGGUUUGAUUGAGAGAGUUGAAAUUGAGGUCUCAUCAAAUCCGUUAGACACAGUUAAUAUCAGAAAGGCCAUAACUGCUGGUUUCUUUUACCACACUUCAAAACUUGACAAGGGAGGUAAUUAUCGAACUGUGAAACAUAACCAAACUGUGAUGGUUCAUCCAAAUAGCUCCCUGUUUGAGGACAGACCAAAAUGGCUCAUUUAUCAUGAAUUGGUUUUUACAACAAAAGAGUUUAUGAGACAGGUGAUAGAAAUAGAUAACAGUUGGUUGCUGGAAGUGGCCCCACAUUACUACAAAGCUAAAGAAUUGGAAGAUGGAUCUGGAAAGAAAAUGCCAAAAAAUACGGGAAAAUCACGUGAAGAAGUUACUAGAACUUACUAACAUAGUGAUUUACAUGGAGGCUUGUUUAUUUACGAGUCAUAGAAUGAUGUUAAGACGUCCAUGGAUAAUAUUAACAAAAAACUCUUUGAAAGAAGUGACUAGGAAGAAAAUAGUGUUGUUGUUGUUGUUUUUUGCAGAAAUGUCCCUGUGAAAUUUAUACUCAAAUUUUAAUAUUUGCAUCAAAUUAAAACCAUGUCAAGAUUUCUUUUAUUUAUUUUCAUCAUGGAAUAGCAAAAAAAAUGUUUUCUGGUAAAAUUAUUUAAAUGAUGAAUAAAUCUUUAAAAAGAUAUAUAAA